CCUUUUUCCCUUCUAUAAAUUCCUCCCUUCAUUCACAUACACUCCUCUUCCUCUCUCUCCCUCUUUCCCAUCACACUCUACACAUAUCGCUACCCAGACACACAUAUAUAGAUAUUUCUCUUUCUUCCACAUCUCACACUGACUUUCUAUCAAACACCUUCUCUUCAACCUCACCAUGUUCAUCAUCCCAAACCCCACAUAACAAAUCUCACCCCUUUCCAUUUUUCAGCACCAAAGUUUGAAACUUUACGAAAUUGGGUUGGAGAAUUUUGACUCAAUUUUUUCCUUCUCCUCUCCAGGAAGUAGAUAUUAGAAGCGCAAAUUAAAUGUCCAACAUCUUGUUGUUGAUGUUUGAGAUUCAUGUAUUCGAUUCUCAGUGAGCUCUUCUUUUCCGGGUGUAUGAUCAAUUCCACUGUUAGGCGCAGGACCCAUUUAGUUCAAUCCUUCUCAGUUGCCUUCCUCUAUUGGUUGUACUACGUUUCAUGAUUUCUAACUCUUCCUCACUAUAUCACUUACUAUAUAUCAUAUAAAUCUAUAAUAUCUACUGCUAUAUUUCUAUUUUCAUUAUCAUUAUCGUCUUCGUCGUCGUCAUAAAGUAAUAAUUUUCAGAGUUUGUUCGUGUCUAGUGUCUGGGUCCUGCGAACUGUGUUAACUGAGAAGGGUUGUGUUGUAUUGUAUUGUAUUGUGUUGUGUUGUGUUGUCCUGUGUCUCAUACCAUGGCUUCCUCAAGUGGAACAUGUUCGGGUUCAUCCUCUCUGCUUCAGAACUCGGGCUCUGAGGAGGACUUGCAAGCGGUAAUGGAUCAGAGAAAGAGGAAGAGAAUGAUAUCGAAUCGCGAAUCUGCACGGCGAUCUCGCAUGAGGAAGCAGAAGCACUUGGACGAUCUGGUUACCCAAGUGGCUCAGCUGAGAAAGGAGAAUCAGCAGAUACUGACCACCGUCAACAUCACCACGCAGCAGUUCUUGAGCGUUGAGGCUGAGAACUCGGUGCUCAGGGCUCAGGUGGGUGAGCUGAGCCACAGGUUAGAGUCUCUGAACGAGAUCAUCGAAGUCCUAAAUGCGGGUUUUGGCAGCACCACCUUCGUUGAACCAACCACCAAUAACACCACCUUCUUCAACCCCAUGAACAUGGGGUAUCUGAACCACCCUAUCAUGGCUUCUGCAGAUAUAUUGCAGUACUGAGAUAAGAAAACAAAAACAGCAAAAAAUUUCAUGAUUUCUUAUUCGAGUCUGUUCAGAAAUUGUAAUCAAUCAUCUGCAAUAUGGUGAUAAGGAAUAAUGAAUGUGUAUCAUAAAAGGGGUGAAAUUGUUAGGUGCUGGUUCUCAGAAUGGGUCCUUUCGAGUAUGGGGCAUGGGCCAUUACUCUGUAUUUCUCACCCUUCUUUUAUAUAUAUUAAAAUAAUAUUUACCUACUUCUAA